AUGGACUCUCUAAGCUCUCAUCUAAAUUGCUCAUGUGAUUGUACAUGUGGUGGAAAGGCUAAGCUGGAUAAGUUUCUAGAGGAUCAAAGGAUCCUGCAAUUUCUCAUGGGACUCAAUGAUGCAUAUGCUCAGGCUAGAGGAAACAUCUUAAUGAUGAGUCCUCUCCCUAGCAUAGACUUUGCCUAUUCAUUACUCUUACAAGAUGAAAACCAGAGGGAGGCUUUUGUGAAUAUGGUUAGCCCUCAACUCAACUCAGAUGCAUCUUCCUUUUUGGUUACAGGUCAAGGGAAGGGAGGGCUAAGGUACAACAAUCAGGUGCAAAAAGGAUGGAAUCCUUCUUCAAGAUCUGGAAAUAAUCAGCAGCAAAAGAGCAAAGCUAAGAAGGCAAAAUAUAAACCAAAUGUCAGUUGCACUCACUGCAUGAGAACGGGACAUGUUAGGGCAGAUUGCUACAGGCUAAUUGGAUUCCCUGAUGAUUUUCAGUUUACCAGAAACAACAAUUACCAACCCACAGCAAAAGGGAAUGCAGCAAUAAGAGCACAGGAGAAUGAAAUCAACUCAAGUCCUAACAAUGAAGGACUAGUAGCAGGGCAGAAUCAAUCAUUUAGCAAAGAACAGAUUUCAGAACUAGUUAAUAUAAUCAGACAGGUUCAAGUUGGUAAUACAGGAAACACAGGAUCUGAAAUCAAUGCAAAUGCAGUUGCUGGUACUAUUCUUAAGUAUUUAGGAACAUGUUUGGCAGUGUUUAACACUAAAACUUGGAUCAUUGAUUCAGGGGCUUCUGAACAUAUGUGUUUUGAUUCAAGCUCUUUUUUAGAGUUGUCUCCCCUUCCUAUACCUGUUCAUAUUAGCUUGCCUAACUCUUUCCAGUUAUAUGUCACACACAUAGGAAGAGUUUCCAUUCAGAAUGACAUGAUUCUUGAGAGGGUUCUUUAUGUUCCAUCUUUUAAAUAUAACUUACUUUCUGUUCAUAAGCUCUGCAUCCAGUUCAAAUGUUCCCUUAAUUUGACAUCUAGUGGGUGUAUAUUACAGGUCCCUUUAGUGAGGAGGGGGCAAGCUUUUGGUGAAAUAAGAGGAGGAUUGUACCUGCUGAAUCCCAUUUCUUUUAGUGCAGAACAUAGUGUUUCUAGUCAAAAUCCAUUUUCAAUUCCAAAAGGAAGUCAUUCCAGUUCUAUUUCUAGUGAUGUUUCUAGUCUAAGGCCUGUGUCUAUGAAUGUAACUUCUGAUGUAAUCCAAUGGCAUGCUAGGUUCCCUUCCAAAGUUCUUAAGGGAAAGACUCCCUAUCACAUUUUGUUUGGUAGACCACCAGUGUAUGACAAUCUAAAGGUCUUUGGAUGCUUGUGCUAUGCUUCUACUCUAGUUCACAACAGAAGCAAAAUUGAUCCUAGAGCACAGGCAUGUGUUUUCCUGGGAUAUUCAUCACAUCAAAAAGGUUACAAACUUCUAGGACUACAAACAAAAACUGUUUUUGUAUCUAGAGAUGUGAAGUUCUAUGAAAAUCAUUUCCCUUUUGCUACCACACCUACAACACAACCCCAUCAGGUCUUCCCUCAAACUUCACCUGUCUCAGACAACUCCUCCUCUGUUUCCAUGCCCUUAUCCCCUUCAUCUACCUUCCCAUUUCCUUUAUCCUCCUCUAGUCCUAGGAACAGUGGUUCUCCUAGCCCCAGCCAUAUAACACCUCUUCCUUCCAGCUCUUUUGAUGUUUCUUUCCCUUCUCUCACUCAUAACCUUCCUGGUUCCCCUGCACCUGAUGAACUCAGUUCUAGACAAGCCUCACCUAUGUCUCCUAAUCAUUAUUCUCCCACACCUGAUCCUAUUGAUAGCCUUACUAUUCCCAUACCUCCUCCUCCUAUCAGAAAAUCUGAAAGGAUCUCUCAGCAACCUAGCUAUCUGAAAGACUAUGUAUGCAAUGGGAUUUUCUUGUUUGACAUCACUUCCUCUUGUUUCAACCAUGCACCUUGUCCCCCUACUCUACCCUUUGCAGCUUUGUCAAUCCAUAAUCAGAAUGUCAUAAUUCAGUAUGUUCUAUUUUAG